AUGCGAUGUAGACAAGAGAAAAACGUGGAUAAACAGCGACUGUUCUGCUCGCAGCUGCUGGAGCAGCGAAGCUUGUAUCCGUUGUAUCCGUCGCUGUCGAUUCCGCUGGAUGCGGGGAAGCUUCCGAGUCUGUCGAUGAAGGAAGUGCCGGAUUUGAUGAUCGUGGCGACGGAGAAAAUGCGGUUUGUGAAGGAAGUGAGCGGAGUGGUUUGCUUGUCGCCAGGCUCGCUUGCCUUUGGAAAUAGUGGAGGGACCUUCGCUCGAGUUACGGUGUAUCCGCUGAAGGAAGAGAGAAGAGAGGGAAGUGAGGGAGAUUGGACGGAAUUAGGAAUAGAAUCGGGGGUGAAGGUCGAUUCGCUGGUUGCAAAGCGGUGCAAGGUUGAAAUUGUCAAUAUUUGGUGUGUUUGUUUGAUUCCACGAGUUCGACACAGGGUUUUUGAGAUUUCGAAAUGA